GAUCGUAUUACUGGCUGCUCUCCCCGCACCGCUGAGCCCACCACCUCUGCACCAAUCACAGCCUGCCUUUACCUACGCGCACAUGCAUGCACGAACGCACAGACACAGACCCUGACAUAUACACACACACGAACGGCGAUCCACCGCUCCGGUUCUCCGCUGCCUUCACAUGCGUCCCCGCCGACUCCGCGUAGCGCUGGCUGCGCCAAGAUGAGCGGAUGUCCCAGUACCAUCUGAACGUCUCACCGCCUGACUGACCCAGAGCCGGGGAGAGAGAGAGACAGACGGAGACAGAGAAAGAGAGAGAGACCAUCUUUCCUCUCUCACAACCCAUCUCCCUUUCGCUUGGAAGAGACCGCAGCGCAAGCCAUUUCUUUCGGCAUCUUUUCCUUUUUUCCUCAUCUCCCUCCUCCUCCUGUUCUUGCUGCAUCCCUCCGUUACUGUCGGUCUCCCGGUUUGAAGGAGAAACCGGAGAGCCCGGUCGUAAUUUUGUGGAAAUACAUUUUGCAUUUUUUUUUUUCCUGCUGAGUGUUGGUAGCGCGCAGUUGGUGCGCGCUUGCAAAUUCCGGUGAAUGGUGGAUUUGGCAAACAUGGAGACCGUGGAGAAGGAAUGCGGGGCCCUCGGGGGUCUAUUCCAGGCGAUUGUCAACGACAUGAAGUGCUCCUAUCCUGUGUGGGAGGACUUCAGCGCCAAGGCCACCAAGCUGCAUUCCCAGCUCCGAACCACUGUUCUGGCUGCUGUGGCCUUCCUGGAUGCCUUUCAGAAGGUCGCAGACAUGGCUACCAACACCAGAGGAGCAACCAGGGAUAUCGGUUCAGCUCUGACCAGGAUGUGCAUGAGGCAUCGCAGCAUUGAAGCCAAACUUCGCCAGUUCACUAAUGCUUUGAUGGAGAGUCUGAUCACUCCUCUCCAGGACAAGAUUGAGGACUGGAAGAAGACAGCAAACCAGCUGGAUAAGGAUCAUGCCAAAGAGUACAAGAGGUCACGCCACGAGAUCAAGAAGAAGUCAUCUGACACCAUGAAACUACAGAAGAAGGCUCGUAAAGAGAUCCAGGGACGAGUGGACCUGCAGCCUCAGCUGGACAGUGCCAUGCAAGAUGUGACUGACAUGUGCCUGUUGAUGGAGGAGACAGAGAAGCAGGCAGUGCGCCGGGCCCUUGUGGAGGAGAGGGGUCGCUUCUGCACUUUCAUCGGCUUCCUUCAGCCUGUUGUGAAUGGAGAGAUCGCAAUGCUGGGUGAGAUCACCCACCUCCAGGCCAUUAUUGAUGACCUCACUGUGCUUACAACCGAUCCUCACAAACUGCCCCCAGCUAGUGAACAGGUGAUCAAAGAUCUGAAGGGUUCAGAUUACACCUGGUCCUAUCAGACACCUCCUUCAUCCCCGAGCAGCUCUGGCUCCCGUAAGAGCAGCAUGUGCAGCAGCGUCAACAGAGCCCACAGUAGUGCCUCCCGUUCGUCAGGGGGAGGUGGUAGUGGUGGUGUUGGUGGAGGUGGUGGAGGCUCCCAGCCCCAUUCACCCACCUCAUCCUCCUCCUCCUCCUCCUAUCGCUACCGCAGCAGCCUGCCACAUCAACCCCCACCACCGGGGGGUAUUGCUGCCCACCGACUCAGCAGCGUCUCCUCCCACGAUUCGGGCUUCGUAUCCCAGGAUGCAAACAUUUACUCCAAACCCCCCUCGCCCAUGCCUUCGGACAUUACUAGCCAGAAGUCAUCCAGCUCGGCAUCGUCAGAGGCCUCAGAAACAUGUCAGUCAGUCAGUGAAUGCAGCUCCCCAACCACUUUUGGCACGUCCUUCGCUACCUUCCGCCCUGCUCUCUCUCACUCUGGCUCCACCAGGCCUCUCUCUGUCAUUCUUCCUGUUCCUGCGUCCCCACCCUAUAACUGCCCCCCUGGAUCCAGCUCCUCCUCUCCCACAUCAAAGGUUCCUAUGUGGAAGGAUUGGUCCAAAGCAGGUCAGUAUGAGCAGCCGGUAGCUGCAGCGGCAGUUCAGAGGAGAAAGGAACCUCUCGAUAGACUGAGGGAGAACGAGAUGUCGCCAGGCUCCCAGGGAUACGCCGGGCCAUCACACCCUGAUGACUCGCAGAGACCCAGGAUGACCCCAGCUACCAUCGCUGCCAAGCAUGGAGAGGAGGUGUCUCCAGCAGCCAGUGACCUGGCCAUGGUGCUGACCAGAGGACUGAGUAUGGAGCAGCAGAAAAGCAGCAGAGACUCCCUGCAGUACUCCAGUGGCUACAGCACAGAGACCACAACUCCAUCCUGCUCCGAGGACACAAUCCCCUCACAAGGUUCAGAUUAUGACUGCUACUCAGUAAACGGUGAUGCUGAAGGUCCAGAUGGACAGGGAGAGUUUGACAAGUCCUCCACUAUUCCUCGCCACUCUAACAUCGCCCAGAACUACCGGCGCAUGAUCCAGACCAAGAGGCCAGCCAGCACGGCGGGCUUGCCCAGCGGGGUUCUUGGUCCAGGGGGUCAUGGGAUACCAGGACAACCUGGUGGAACUGGUGGAGGUGGAGCAGGUACUCCAGGCACUGCCACAAUACGCCGAACCCCAUCUACCAAACCAGGCGUGAGGCGCACACUGUCCAACGCGGGGCCUAUCCCCAUCCGACCACCUAUUGUGCCUGUAAAGACACCCACUGUUCCCGGAGACUCACACUCACCUGGCGCAGCUGGUGGUGGGUACGCAGGUGGUGGGCACUCAGGUGGCGUGCCUGUGCGUGUGGGCAGUGAGGAGUGUGUGUUUUUCACUGGAGUCGAGGAUGCACAGGGAGCGCUUGAUUAUGUGAAGGCGUCACCGAAGCGCCUCAGCCUGCCUAAUACUGCCUGGGGAUCAGGGGCGGCGUUAGAGGUCUACGCUCAGCAGCAUGGAGGCCUUGCCAUGGUAACAGGCUCAGGGGCUGGAUCAGAGGAGGAUCAAAUGAUCGCGGCCAAUCGGCACAGCUUAGUGGAGAAGAUUGGCGAGUUGGUAGCCAGUGCGCAUGCACUUGGAGAGGGGCAAUUUCCUUUCCCUGCUCUCCCUGAUGACCCAACCCUGCCUCCAACUGGCCCCACUGACACAGGGACAGAGGGGGCAGAGGGGACCGGUGACAUGUUGACCACCAUCAGGAGAGGAGUCCGCCUUCGCAAGACCGUCUCCAAUGAUCGCUCAGCACCACGCAUCUUGUGAUUGGAGGAGAAGCAGGAAGAGGAUGAUACUUGUCAGCCAAUAGGGAGUCAGGUGUUGGUGUGGUGCAACCCAACCGCCUAGUACAUACACAAACACUUAACUAUGUAGGGAAAGCUAUAAUAUAACAGAAGAUGAAUGAAAACAAGAACAUACACAAAAAAUAAGUUUAAAGACACCAUUAGAGUAAAUGAUAUAUAAUAUAAUGAUAAUAAUAACAUUAAUAAUGUUAACUCAUGCUGACAAUUAAAAGUGAAAUACUGAAUAUUGACAGGCUCCUAGCAGGCCACUAUAACUAGUGUGUGUUGGACGCAUGUUUGUCUUCUCUACACCUUCACCCAGGGAUGAAAAGACUCGCAGGAAAAAACAGAUAAGAUUAAAAAAAAAAGGCAAAGAAAGAGAGAAAGACUGGGUUCUCUUCAUCAACUCACACCCUUCCCCAUCCUCUUCUCCAACUAACCCAACUGUCUAAUCCCAGAUGAAAGACUGAUGACUGAAGGAAGGCCCUGUGGGGGCGAGAGAGAGGGGGGUCAGAGUGCCAUGUGACCAGCUGGAUUUGAACCCAGGCUGUCUCAGCAGCAACAUACUGUACUUAUUAGCCCACUGAACUGAAGCUUUGGUAUUAGCACGGGGAGCUAACAAGCCAGAGGGCUCCUCUGGUUCAUCCUAAUGUAAAAGAGUCUUUAAAAAAUACUGUUGGCAUUGAACCGUGCUAGUGCCCCCUUCCCCUCUCUCUCUCUGUGUGCAGUGUGUGCGUGUGUUCAUGUGUAUGCAUGUGGGCAAAUGUGAAAUGCGAGCGAGUGUGCACAUGUGAUUGACUGUGUGCGUGCGCGAGGGGGGUGGGUCGAGCUCUGCUGCAGGACAGCUGGUCACCCAACGAGGGCAGGGCUUUUCUCCUGUGUGUUGUACGUGUAUUUUCUUGUUUAUAUCGUGAAGUCAUUUACCUUGUUACAACUGUACGAGAAGUUACGAGAAGUAAUCCAGGCGUAUAGAUAUAUUCAUAUAUAUUUUCUAGAACCAGAGAGAAAAUGUUAAAUCAGAAAUGGAGCAAUAAAUGUGUUUUAUUUUCUUGUUUCCAAGAAGAGGAUCGAUGGAGGAUUGUAGGUUCUCCUUUGUCACAUUCAGGCAAUCAUCAGGAAUGCUAAAUUACACAUCGACUGUGAAUUCAUGCGCAGCCAGUUUUGGCGUUGUCUCUCUCCUUGUCCCUGUCUCUUUCUGGUGGAGGAAAUGGAUUACAAAAAUGUUGAAAAAAAUAACUGUAAGCACUUUGAUAGAUGGUAGAGUAUGUACAAUUACCACUAGGUGUUGCUGUAGUCAUACUGUAUGAUAGGGGGAGUGUAAGUGAGAGAUGGUUGCCAAUAAGACUGUCCUGAGGAAAUUAUUUAAUUUGUAGGAGGAGAAGAAGAAGAAGAUGACAGGGAGGGACAAAGAGGAAGUGAUAAAGACUGAUGGAAAUGGAGUGAUUGGUCAAAUGAGAGAUGGGAAAGGAAAGUAGAGCAAAAUAUUUAUCUAAAAAUGGAUUGGACAUCAGGGCUCUUCAGGGUUCUACAAGCCAUUGCCUGCUGUGGAUUGUGAAUAGUACUGAAGCUUUUUAUGAUGUGGUUGCACUGGUUUCUGAGCACAUAAUGCAAAAAAUACACUGCACAGAUAGGUCAGACUACAUUUGGAAAUGGGCUUUAAAGGGUCGGUUGACCCAAAUGUCAAACAAACAUGUUUUCUCACAAGCCAUGCAAAUAGUAAUUAGAGCUACUUUCUACCACAGUAAUCAUCCCUUAAAAACUGUUGGCACAUUCAAUAGAUUACCAAGAGUAGCAAGGAUAUAUUACUGUUGAAUUUCUUUAAAUGCUAUCUUUCAAUACUGUGAGCACAACAAAUGAAAUUCCAUUCACCUUCAUUGUACUUGGGAUGAGGCAGAAAUCUCAAAACCUGAACGGAUAAAACAAACAAACAAAAAAAAUCUAUCAACAUGCCAAGAUAAUGUAGAGAUACAGUAUGACAGAAACGAUGCGCUUUUGUAAUAUAGGUUCAACAACACUUAAACCUACACCAACAAUAGACUUAAAAUAUAUAUGAUUAUGUUCAUUAGAUAUACAGUUAUAAUUGUACGCCAUGGUUUUCAACACAAAUGCUGUGGAACUGUAAUUCCAAUGUCCAAAAAAUUAUAUAUUAAAAGGCAGUCUUCAUCAAUGUUCAUGUGCAUAUACAUAUCAGCACACUAGCUUAUCUGCAAAUAUAUUCUUACCUAUAAAUACUGUAUAUUUUUGCGUUAUGGGAGGGCAAACCUUGAACAUAGCUGAACAACAGUCUUGUUUCCCCAGACUGGCUCCACUUAAAACCUUCUCCUUUAUAAAAUUUACAACAAUUAGUCUCAUUUCAAAGGAUACCCCACAAAAAAUCUAAGUUAUGAUUUCAGUUGCAAUAAUGGCCCCACAGUAGAUAAAAACAUGACAAAAAAAAAAAGGAGAGACCACGCACAGUUGGUUGCACAGUGUUGGGCGGUAGUUUACUGCCAGCUAGCAACUAGCAGCUUUGUCUCUGCUCUGCUUCAGUUGAGGAUGGGACUUCUCUUAAAAGUAAUAGUAAUGUUACUAACUACUAUUGCUGUUAAAUAAUGUGUAAUGAGCAAUUAUUACAUAUUUCAAGUAACUUGCACAACACUGGUCUUUAAGAAGAGGUGAAACAAAAGCAUUUAGACCAACAUGUAUUUAGCCACAGAAAGUAAAUGUAAUUCCAGUAAUCAGGUUCAUUCAUUGAUUGUUGUGUGACAACCCUGUCUCCUAGAAAUUAUGUUCACUAAAUUGCAUUCAACAUAAUUGCUGCAUGGAUUAUGUUCAGAAUUUUGAGUAAUGAGUUAAAGAAAUACCACAUCAUGUACCACAAUGGUUUGGCAGGGAGGUGGUUGAGGUGGAUGGUGGACAUACAGAGUGCAUGUAGACGCCUGUCUUAUGUUUGGCAACAAAAGCACUUUGGUUAGGGUUUAGGGAAGAUCAUGAUUUCACUGAAGUGUUAAAUAAAAGGGAAAUUAAAAAAUAAUUGUGUAGUCAAUACAAGUGGAAACUGUACUGCAGACUUACCUCUUUUAUGGUGGAAAACAAAUGUAAUACAUUUUCAGUGGACAUUUUGCUGAUCAGCCAUUCAGUAUCAACAUAUCUGAGACUUGCCAGGUAUGUUAAUUAGCAGCAUUUCCUCAUAAUGCUAAUGAAAAUCAUAUUUCACCCAGCAUUACCUUUCCCUCAAAAAUUGGUUGUAUAUAAAUCUUGUUUCUUGGAGACAGUGCUGUGUACUGUGAACACUAUGGUUCGGCUCAGUUCAGUGCAAAUAACCCAGUUCAGCUCAGGACACAGCUGUAUGAAAGGAUUACUUAUGGACAUUACGAUGUGAGGAAAGGUGAAGCCUGUUUGAUGCGCUCGCUGAUGACAAAGAAGCAGGAGGGUUUAAAUUAGACUUUUGAAGCUGACAGAGAGGAAGAUGUGUGUGGAAUGAGCAUUUCACUGCCUGUUCAUACAAUAUGUACUGUAUGUGCUGUACUUGUAAAUGAGAAUGAGGCGCACAGAUUUGGUAUAACGGUUUGUUAGAAAAUACUACAUGGAAUAUUCAGUUUCAGUAUUAUUAUUUUUAUUAUUUUUCACUCUGCAGUAUUGUUUGAAUAUUUAGUCUUACUUUUAAUUAAUGUAAAAAACAAAAGAAAAAAACCCAGUUGUAACACAAAAUACUAAGCUGUGUAACAUAUGGAUGUAGGAUGUGUGGGCCGAGAGUGAGUGUGUCCUUGUUUGGCUGGUGAAUUCUUCAUCAGCAUGUCCGUAUAUUCUUCUAGCAGUGACCUGAACAUAGCUGGCGACAUCAGCAUUCUUAUAAGCCCUUUUUUAUUGAGUUAGUUCUUUAUUUAACCUCGGAGAGAGCACCAUUAACAUAUUUGUGGCCAUUUAAAAAGAAAACUAUGAUUUAAUUUAAAGAGAUAGAGAGGAGAAUGUUUGCAGUUUUUAAACAUUGUCACCCUCUGCCAGCACACUUUUUUGUUGAACUUUGAACUUUUAACAGUGCUUCAGGCAAGGGGGGUGGUUAUGUUU